AUGGCACCCAGUGCUCAGGCUCACAAACGGGCUCAUAGCCUGCUGCUCUUCGAGAAGCUGCUCAACCUCCGAGACGCGGCCAGUCCGCUCAAUAUCCUCCUUGACACUUUAGAGCAAGGCGCUCAGCCACUCACCAACGAGUUUAUGAGAAGAGCCAAAAUUGAACGCGCAAAGAUCGUUUACGUCUCCUUCGCCACAAUAAAAAAGCCCGCUGUCUCAGACGUCUUCAUCAAAGCCUGGGGCAAGUCUCUUAAGGCGCUCGCAGCAGAAAUCGCCGCGCACGUUGCGCCUCCACGAGGCGCCAGCAAAGACACCCUGGCCACACCUCAGAAAUCCCUAAUCAUAAUCGACACCCUCAACCCGCUGGCCAGCCAAACACCCCACCUGCUGCCCUCCUUCUUCACCUCCAUCCUGCCGCCCGGCACCUCCCUCGUGGCCGUCUACCACACCGACGUCCCCGCCCUGCCAGUGGCCCUGCCCGGCACCGGCCCCGACUCCCUCCGCGCAGCCACAGCCGCAGCCGCGGCAGCGGCGGAGUACCUGCCGGACGCGCUCACGCUGCUGGCGCACCUCGCCACGGCGGUCUUCCGCGUCUCGAGCCUGGGCCACGCCGUCGCGGCGCGGCGCGCCCGCGAGCGCAGCCUGGCCGAGCCGCAGUGGGGGCUGCGCGAGGGCCGGGAGGGGGUGCUGGUCGGGUUGCGGGCCGGGGUGGGAGAGGACGGCCUGGUGGUGGAGAUGGAGAUGCGCAGGAAGAGCGGGCGGGCGGUGGCGGAGCGGUUCGUGCUUGUGCAGAGGACCGACGGGAGGGGGCUCGGAGUUGUUGUCAUGGACGAUCAUCCUGCGUUUAGGAAGGCGGUGGGGGGUGGAGAAGGGGAGGGGGAGGAAGAGGGUAUGGUGGCUACGUUCAACUUGAGCUUGACGGAAAAGCAGAGGAAGGAUAGGGAGGGGGUUGUCCUGCCGUAUUUUGAUGCGCAGGUGGAGGUUGGCGGCGGGGAGGGUGGAAGAAUCUUGUACGAGAUGGGGAGGGAGGACGACUUUGACGAGGAGGAAGAUGAGAUCUAA